GUUAAAUAAACCGAAAUUUAUAAAAAUUAUACAUGCAUAUUUGCUUAAAGCUAAAGCGUUUAUAAUAACAUUACGUGCUUUUUUGUUGUUGCUGGAAGCGUGCUGACAUCGUUAUCAUGUUACAAAUUUUAUAUCAAAACAGUAUUUGGUUUUGAGCAUCAAUAAACGGUGAAAAAAAAAAUGUUAUAAACAACAAAAAAAUCUUAAACUAUCUCCUACAAGAUAAAUACAAUUGUCAAUAAUAAAAGUUUGCGUUAUAAAAAAGAACAUGUCAGAAAAAGUUAUAGCAACAACUUCGCAAAAGAAAGCUGCCGUUAAUAAUAAUAAUGGGGCAACCAGACAACCUCGCGGUGAACGUAACAUUUUGACACUUUACGAGAAGUUAGCGGUAAUAAAUUAUUAUGAGACCAACAACAUCUCUAGAAAUAAGCUAUCGAAAUUAUUUAACUGCUGUCCAACGCAAAUUAGACGUAUACUGGAACGCAAAGAGGAAUAUCUGAAACAGUGCAGUUCACUCGAUAAGGGCGAAAUGAUCAACGAAAUACAAAUAAAAAGGCAAAAGUUUGAAAUGGCCGCUGUUAGUUUUAUACUGUAUCAAUGGGUCGAACGUUGCCGUCAACUACGUCUUCGGCAAGUGAUUACCAAUUCAACGCUGAGGGAGACAGCACAUAAAAUGGCUGCAAUUUUGAAUUUACCUAAUUUUAAUCCAUCGUCACGCUGGCUUCAACGUUUUCGUCACAAAUAUAAUUACACUGAAAGCGAUUUGGCAAUUAAAGAAAACACAUUAGUAGGAGAAGUAUCCGUAGAAGAUAUUAUAAUAGAGUUUAAAGAUUCACUGCCAAGUUUUAUCAAGAAUGAGAUUAAUCUUAUCACGUCUACAGUUGAUAGAAUUGAUCAAAAUGUUGGAACACUUACACCUGAAGGAGUGAAUGAAGGAGACAAUAGUAUUGACUUAACUAGUUCCGAAGACAGUGUCAUAGUUGACAUCGAUCAAAAUAGUGUCGACGAUAGUGCACAAAAUAAUGUUAACCUGCCAUCUUCAGAUUCGAAUGAUUCAUUCAUUGAUGUCAAUAAUAAUAAUCGUGCAGUCAUAACUCUACAAAAUAUGAUAUUUCCACAUUUGUCUAUGAUACAUCAAUUUGCUUUAGAUAAUGCCGAUUUAACUGCCAUUGAAUUGAUCUCACAAUUGGGUUUACAUAUGCAGAAUCAAGCAUCACGGGGAGCCUACAAAAAACUUCCACAAUGCACAAUCGAAACUGAUCCUACAGCUGUCGAUAAUUUCGAAGACAUUAUUUUAAUAGAUUAGAUUUUAGCAAUUUUCGCUCUAUUCAUCUUUCAAUUCCAUUUAUAUAGACACUUAACUAUAAGCAAACUGCACUGAAUAUUCAUAA